CAUUAACAUAAUUUAUGUAAGUUACAGAGCCGCUCAUUGUGGGAGGGGAGUGUCUUGUACUCCGCAAGUGACGUCAUGUCACCUGCUGCUGCCGCGUGACGUCACGAGGUAACGGAAAGUUGCGGCUCCGCGCGGGAACUGAAAUCUGAGGCCACGCCCGCUUGAGCUGCUGUACCGCUCUUGUUUUCAGAAGCGACCUGCUCACAACAACAACAACAACAAGCUGUCGCUUCCUCUGCAAAAUUGGUCUGAUGGAGCAAAGGCACUCGGCGCGGCUCGGUGCAAAAAGGCAACAAUGCGACCGGUGUGCAUACAGCACGGAUCAUCCUGGACAUUUGACAAGGCACCAGAAAACUCACACAGGAGAGAAACCCUUCAAGUGCAGUGUGUGUGGGAAGGCGUUUUCAGAUUCAUCUACUCGUGUAAAACACCAGAGAAUGCACACGGGAGAUAAACCCUUCAAGUGCAGUGUGUGUGGGAAGGCGUUUGCACAGUCAUCUACUCUUAUAGCACACCAGAGAACACACACGGGAGAUACACCCUUCAAUUGCAGUGUGUGUGGGAAGGCGUUUGCAUUUUCAUCUACUCUUAUAAUACACCAGAGAACUCACACAGGAGAGAAACCCUUCAAGUGCAGUGUGUGUGGGAAGGCGUUUGCACAUUCAUCUGGUCUUGUAGCACACCAGAGAAGACACACGGGAGAGAAACCCUUCAAGUGCAGUGUGUGUGGGAAGGCGUUUUCAGAUGUAUCUGCUCUUAUAACACACCAGAGAAGACACACGGGAGAGAAACCCUUCAAGUGCAGUGUGUGUGGGAAGGCGUUUUCAGAUUUAUCUGCUCUUAUAACACACCAGAGAACACACACCGGAGAGAAACCCUUCAGGUGCACUCUGUGCGGGACGGCAUUUGCACGUAAACAAACUCUUCAAGUACACCAGAGAACACACACGGGAGAAAAACCCUUCAAGUGCAGUGUGUGUGGGAAGGCGUUUUCAAAGUCAUCUGCUUUUGAAAGACACCAGAGAACACACACGGGAGAGAAACCCUUCAAGUGCAGUGUGUGUGGGAAGGCAUUUUUAUUUUCAUCUCAUCUUGAAAUACAUCAGAGAACACACACGGGAGAGAAACCCUUCAGGUGCAGUGUGUGUGGGAAGGCGUUUGCACAGUCAUCAAAUCUUCAAAGACACCAGAAAACACACAAGCAUCAGAAGAUCCACAAGGAGUGGAGUCUGAAAUCAGCUUGCGAAAGUCAAAGUGCCGCAAUGAGCCCAUCCCUCAUCAAACAAGAACCGGAAGACAAUUCCAGCUUGGACGCUUUGAAAGGUAUCGAGGUGAAACGUAAAGAAGUGAAGGUGAAGAGUGAAGAAGUGAUGAUGAAGAGUGAAGAAGUGAUGGUGAAGAGCGAAGAAGUGAAGGUAAAAUGUGAAGAUGAAGAUUCAACUCCCAAAUCGGACCUUCACAUCGAUGGAGGCAACGUGAAGCAGGAGGAGAAUUCUGACUGUGAGGCAGAGCGAGGCAACUCCCAGCAGUUUGUGGAAGUGGAGGUGUGGGUGGACUUCCUCCGAGACAAUACAAAGUCAAAUGGAGACCCGGUAGAUGUGGCCCGCUUGAGCUGCUGUACCGCUCUUGUUUUCAGAAGCGACCUGCCCACAACAACAACAAGCUGUCGCUGCCUCUGCAGAAUUGGUCUGAUGGAGCAAAGGCACUCUGCGCAGCUCGGUGCAAUAAGGCAUCAAUGCGACCGGUGUGCAUACAGCACGGAUGGUCCUGCACAUUUGACACGGCACCAGAGAACUCACACAGGAGAGAAACCCUUCAAGUGCAGUGUGUGUGGGAAGGCGUUUUCAGAUUUAUCUACUCUUGUAAAACACGAGAGAACACACACGGGAGAGAAACCCUUCAAGUGCAGUGUGUGUGGCAAGGCAUUUUCACAGUCAUCUACUCUUGUAGCACACCAGAGAACACACACGGGAGAGAAACCCUUCAAGUGCAGUGUGUGUGGGAAGGCGUUUGCAUGUUCAUCUACUCUUGGAGCACACCAGAGAACACACACGGGAGAGAAACCCUUCAAGUGCAGUGUGUGUGGGAAGGCGUUUGCACGUUCAGCUCAUCUUGUAACACACAAGAGAACACACACGGGAGAAAAACCCUUCAAGUGCAGUUUGUGUGGGAAGGCGUUUGCACAGUCAUCUACUCUUAUAGCACACCAGAGAACACACACGGGAGAUACACCCUUCAAGUGCAGUGUGUGUGGGAAGGCGUUUGCAUUUUCAUCUACUCUUAUAAUACACCAGAGAACUCACACAGGAGAGAAACCCUUCAAGUGCAGUGUGUGUGGGAAGGCGUUUGCACAUUCUUCUGGUCUUGUAGCACACCAGAGAAGACACACGGGAGAGAAACCCUUCAAGUGCAGUGUGUGUGGGAAGGCGUUUGCACAUUCAUCUGGUCUUGUAGCACACCAGAGAACACACACCGGAGAGAAACCCUUCAGGUGCACUCUGUGCGGGACGGCAUUUGCACGUAAACAAACUCUUCAAGUACACCAGAGAACACACACGGGAAAAAAACUCUUCAAGUGCAGUGUGUGUGGGAAGGCAUUUUUAUUUUCAUCUCAUCUUGAAAUACAUCAGAGAACACACACGGGAGAGAAACCCUUCAGGUGCAGUGUGUGUGGGAAGGCGUUUGCACAGUCAUCAAAUCUUCAAAGACACCAGAGAACACACAAGCAUCAGAAGAUCCACAAGGAGUGGAGUCUGAAAUCAGCUUGCGAAAGUCAAAGUGCCGCAAUGAGCCCAUCCCUCAUCAAACAAGAACCGGAAGACAAUUCCAGCUUGGACGCUUUGAAAGGUAUCGAGGUGAAACGUAAAGAAGUGAAGGUGAAGAGUGAAGAAGUGAUGGUGAAGAGUGAAGAAGUGAUGGUGAAGAGCGAAGAAGUGAAGGUAAAAUGUGAAGAUGAAGAUUCAACUCCCAAAUCGGACCUUCACAUCGAUGGAGGCAACGUGAAGCAGGAGGAGAAUUCUGACUGUGAGGCAGAGCGAGGCAACUCCCAGCAGUUUGUGGAAGUGGAGGUGUGGGUGGACUUCCUCCGAGACAAUACAAAGUCAAAUGGAGACCCGGUAGAUGCCCGCUUGAGCUGCUAUACCGCUCUUGUUUUCAGAAAAGACCUGCCCACAACCACAAUAAUAACAAGCUGUCGCUUCCUCUGUCGAAUUUGUCUGAUGGAGCAAAGGCACUCGGCGAAGCUCGGUACGACAAGGCAACAAUGCGACCGGUGUGCAUACAGCACGGAUUAUGCUGGAAAUUUGACACGGCACCAGAGAACUCACACAGGAGAGAAACCCUUCAAGUGCAGUGUGUGUGGGAAGGCGUUUGCACAUUCAUCUACUCUUGUACAACACCAGAGAAUGCACACGGGAGAGAAACCAUUCAAGUGCCGAGUGUGUGGGAAGGCGUUUGCACAGUCAUCUACUCUUAUAGCACACCAGAGAACACACACGGGAAAGAAACCCUUCAAGUGCAGUGUGUGUGGGAAGGCGUUUGCACAGUCAUCUACUCUUGUAAUACACCAGAGAACACACACGGGAAAGAAACCCUUCAUCUGCAGUGUGUGUGGGAAGGCGUAUGCACAUUCAUCUGCUCUUGUACUACACCAGAGAACACACACAGGAGAGAACCCCUUCAAGUGCACUUUGUGCGGGACGAUGUUUGCACUUAAACAAAAUCUUCAAGUACACCAAAGAACACACACGGGAGAGAAACCCUUCAAGUGCAGUGUGUGUGGGAAGGCGUUUUCAGAUUCAUCUACUCUUGUAGCACACCAGAGAACACACACGGGAGAGAAACCCUUCAAGUGCAGUGUGUGUGUGAAGGCGUUUGCACAGUCAUCUGCUCUUCAAAGACACCAGAGAACACACAAGCAUCAGAAGAUCCACAAGGAGUGGAGUCUGAAAUCAGCUUGUGAAAGUCAAAGUGCCGCAAUGAGCCCAUCCCUCAUCAAACAAGAACCGGAAGAAAAUCCCAGCUUGGACACUUUUAAAGGUAUCGAGGUGAAAUAUGAAGAGGUGAAUGUGAAAUGUGAAGAAGUGAUGGUGAAGAGCGAAGAAGUGAAGGUGAAAUGUGAAGAAGUGAUGGUGAAGAGCGAAGAAGUGAAGGUAAAAUGUGAAGAUGAAGAGUCAACUCCAAAAUCGGACCUUCACAUCGAUGGAGGCAACGUGAAGCAGGAGGAGAAUUCUGACUGUGAGGCAGAGCGAGGCAACUCCCAGCAGUUUGUGGAAGUGGAGGUGUGGGUGGACUUCCUCCGAGACAAUACAAAGUCAAAUGGAGACCCGGUAGAUGUAUAAGCUUGAGACGAUGUCGCUCUAAGUUAUGCACUUUUGUCACAGGCCUUUAAUGACAAGAAUGUGAAGUUGAACACUCAAUUCCUAGGUUCAACCUGCAGAGUAAGAGCGGCCAGUCUUUGUGGACCUGUGGGUUUGGUAGAUCUCUAACCAGGAGCGGGAGCCAAUAAGCUCCCAAGCAUUCGCUAUGUUAUUAAUUGCAUUUAUAUGGUGCUUGCUUAUUCGCCUCGGCAAUUCGGAUUUUUGUAUCGUAUCUCGUCUCAAACACUCGAAUAGCAUCCCCAGGUAGCAGCUGCCCCUAUGUGGCACAAGGUGGUGGCCCUUUACCGGCCUGCAUGUGGACAAGAGCCUGUCAGUAGAGGGCGAUGGUUGAUGUGGCAUCUCAGUUGUGGAGUUUGUAAUGUUUGGAAUUUGCUCAAUUUUGACCCAGACACCAGCAUGCAAAGGCCUCGUUUUGAAUGGCGCAAAAGUAUGUUGUACAUACACUGUUAAGCAGACGGUGAAUAUUUUUUGAAAUAGCUUGUUAAUACAAUGUAACCUGGUGCAGCAUUUUUCAGUGCAGUAAUUAAAUUUUAUUUAAAUGACUCAAUAAUUUUGAAUGAAUACCUGUCUUAUUGUGUGCGUACAUGUAACAUUUUGUUUAUGUUCUGCCUCACGGCAGGGGCUUUGCCUCACGGCAGAUGGGGGGGGGGGGGGCGCGUAUGUACACAGGAAUUUCAUGUUUUUAAUGAAAAUUUUGGUCACGUGACCAGGAAGUUGCGAUUUAAGAUUCCCACUCAACCACGCGGGCGUCGGCCAUUACACACAUAAUUCAAGAUGGCGGCACACAUCACGUCCCAGUGAAGCCAGCCGCGAUUAUCCAUUGUGGGAGCUUAAGAAGCAUUGUAGGUUCGUUUAUGUUCUUAUAAUAUUGGCAAUGCUGUUAUAAUGUUAGAAUGGCCGUUAUAAUGAUGUAAAUGCCUUUAUAAUGCUGUUAAAUUGUUAUGGUAAAUACGAGGCCUAGUUAACAACGGAGCCUGCAACUUUCCUUAUUGUGAAUGUUACAUGUAAUUUAAUAAGUCGAGUCAAACUUGUACCCAAGUAACUAUAUUGCGAUCCUGAGAGCAAGGAUGAUGAAAUAUCUCAUCCACAUUUAGUGUUGUGUAAUACUGUACAUUUGGGGUGCAGUGUGAUGAAUACACGAUGUGUCUUUAUGUAACACAGCAGCUUAUGCUCUUGUAUAGUUAUUCAGUGGUAAUGUAGGGGCCUGGUCCAUCCAGGUUCUAUUGUUGAGAAACAUGUUAUCUAAGACAAUGUUCUGAUGCUGUGGUGUUCAUUCAUUGUGUUGGUGUUUCCGGGUUAUAACAGAUGCUGUAUCUGUGCUGUUUUAUCACCAGUUUUACCUCGUUAAAAUCAAUAAGUGACGUUUGAAGUCGGAUGUUCACCCUGGCUCUGAGGGUUUAUUGGACGCGAGGUUAUCUACUCAGCGAGCGGUGCAACGCAGCACACAGCGAGGCCGAGACAGUUUAUAAGGGUCAAACAUUUAAUAAGUAAUGUUAGGACAAAGUGUGUUAUUGGAUUAACGUGUACAGAUAACUCGGGUGAGACCCGUUGUUCUUGUGAUACAGGUCAAAGGAUAUUUUUGUGUUUUCAGGAAGCGUCUGCCUCUGGAAUAACUCAUUGUCUUUGAAAUAGGGAGCACACUCGGAUCAUUCAUCAGUUACAAGGCAUACCACUUAAAAGUUACACGUAGAGGAGAUACAUUUCGAUUUAAAGCUUUCGUGACUGCAGGGAUUCAUCUUCUGCAGCUACAUACUAUACAAUUACGAUACUAUAUAUCACCUUGUACAUUGUUCUUCACCUGAGGACGGCUGCUUGCGUUGUGGCCGAAACGUCGUGAGAAUUAUUUUAUUCUGUUUUAUUUUAUUAUUUCCAUUCUUCAUGACUUUACCGAAAGAACCAAGAAGAGGAGAUACAUUCUCUACAACACGAUUUAUAAUUUUGUCUUACGUGUUGACGUAGAUUUUGUCUAACUUGGACUAGAAUUGCCCCUUGCUGAUUAACGACUGGAUGUUCAUAACCAUCGGUUGAAACAAGCCCGGCUGCUCUUGAGACGCUGUGCACCAAUACGGGUCCACAGGUGGCUUGCACUGAAUCAAUGACACACUCCCAGAAGGCUGUGCUAGUUAUAGUUUGUGUAAAACAUUCCUUUGUUUCAUGGAGAAAUCGAUAAGUUAAAGAUGUCGUGUCUGCUGAUCUGCUUCAUAGCAAGGAGGUAAUUUUAAGAGCACAUUUGAAAUGCAUUUUUGGUACAGAUUUGUAUUCGGUUACAAGGCAGAGCACAUCUAGUAGAUACAUUCUCCACAACAACACUCAUUCGAAUUUUGCAUGACGUCUUAUAUGUUGGCGAACUAGGACAAGAAAUGUUCCAUGCCGAUUAACGUCUAGAUGUUCACAACCAUGGGUUGAAGCAAGCCUGACCGCCUGCGGUGCCCCUCACAACCAUUUAUGGCCUUGGGCCAGGAAAGUCACGAAAAAAAUUGCGCACGAACGACGCAUCCACGCAAGCUCGCGAUGCUCCGUUUUGAAGUUUUAAAAUGAAACAACUUUGAAUUGUAUUACCUUUUGAAUUAGAUAAUUGUAUUUCUUCUUUAAAAGCUUAUAUCAUUGUACAUCUGGAAGACUUAUUUGAAAACGACAUUUAGUCGUUAAGUAGAUGGCCUUGCUGGGGAUUUGGUUCGAUGCGGACUUUUACCUGGUUGGGAUCGUGGAAUCGAGAUAAGGCGACACAACUGGCCGUGCAGAUCGAUUCCAACGUGAUCGAACGUCUGUCCCUGCAUCUCCGUCGUUCAUGCAGGGGGCGCGUAGGUUUACAGUGCCCCCUGCAACAACGGAAAGUGCAGCAUUUGUCACAGAUAGAUAAAGUCGUGCAUCUUUUUUCUUACCUAUAAAAGUAACUUUUUGUCUGUC